AUGACACUUUAUGUGGCAGACAGUCCUCUGGAUCAACAUAAAUGCGAAUUAAAGCUCCGCACAGGUGAGCGCAACGGCGCACAUGUGCGCGUGCUGCACGUGGGAAGCCGGCCGGUUACCUCACCCCUUAAUGAUGCAAAGGUUGAAUGUAUUAUUCAGGAGACGCUGAAUGAUGACGGGUCUCCUCAUGAAUGUGGCCCACAGCUAACAGAGGAACUUGAUGAAGUACAAAGACAUCAGGGUUUGCUCAGGGAGCUGCAGAGGCUGGCUGAUGAUGAGAGAGAUUCAGAGCGAGAAGACGAGAAGGAGCGAUAUGAGUACAACCUGGCUGACGAUGAAAGUGACUUGGAGCAGGGGGAUGAGGAGACGAAGGAGGAGAGUGACGUGACCAGCCUCCCAAGAGACACGGAGGAAAAGAAAGAAGACAAGGUAGAAGAAGAAGACGACACCAAGGAGAAGAUAAUAGAGGAGCCGCGGAUCGAAGACAGAGGGACAGACACUGAGGAGGAGCGAGCCAAGGAGCUUGAGGAGCUGUUGGCUGAAGAGAUCACCAAGAAAGGGAAGGAGGAGAAGAACGAUGAGGAGCUCAAAGAACUGCUGAAAGAGCUGAAGAAGAAACGAAUCGAGGAGAGGAGGAAGAAUGAGGUGGAGCUGAUGGUGGAGAGGGAGAAGGUGGAGAAGGAGCUGAAGGAGCUGCUCAAAGACCAGGACAGCAAGAGCAAGGUGGAGCAGGAGAGGGAGCGGAAGGAGAAGCAGGAGGAGCUGGACGAACUCGUCAGGAAGAUGAAACGGGUACAGGAGGAGGAGGAGCAGGAGACAAAGGGCGGGAAGAAAGAUGACGGCGUGGAGGUGAGGACAGCAGAGGAGAAGAGCGAGAAGAAGGAGGGAGACGACAAUAAGGAGCGAGAUGAGAAAACAGAGAAUGAGGUCAAGAAGAAGGAGGAGGCGGCGGAGGUGAAGGAGCCCCAGCAGAAGAGAGUGAUGGAGAAAGCGAGCGAUGAAGCCACGCAGCAGUUUGAGAGGGAGAGGUACAAGGAUGCGGAGGAGGAUGAUGAGGAUGAGGAAGAUGAGGAUGAGUACGUUAGAGAGGAUGAGGAGGGGCAGGAGGAGGAAGACGAUGAGGAGGAUGAUGCGGAAGAAGAUGAAGGGGAGGAGCUGCUGGAGAUUGAAGCAGAGCUGCGCAAAGUCGCUGCAGAGCUGAGGGAGCUUCGCAGAGGAUAAGACACACAAAUAAGCAUGAACACACACACACACACACACACGACACAGUGGACUGACAAAACCCUUUGUUACAUUCACAGUCACACAUUCAAGAUCACACAUUUCCCAUUUUACAGCCUUCAAAUCCCCACAGCACUCAGAGAAAUGUCCUCAGAUGUGAAUCUGUAAAUGGACAUUAGUAAAAAGGAAUGUGUACAUACGGUUGCUUCAUCUCUGCUUUCAGAUUGGCCGGAAAAGGCUGUCACCGUUUCCUCAGUGAGUGUUUAGGAAAAGAGACGCACUUUUCUAGAGAAUCUGAAAGAUCUUUGUGUCUAUCUUCACUCGUCUAAGUACCUGUAAAUGCUGUUUGUAAGGUAGACAGGUGAUUUCACUCCAGCUGUAAAUAGCCACGGAUGCAUUCAGCACUUUUUAUUCAAAUGUUAUUUAUGACUACAGAUUGCCGACCGCACAAACACCAUCAUCUCUGAAAUCUGAGUCAUGAAUACUGGCUAGCAGCGCUUCUUUUCUCCGAAGGUUUCAUCCUCGACGGUGUGUAUUCUCGGUAGGAGAAAAACGUGUCCCUACUAUGAGUAAUAUAUGUAUUUCAAUAUAUAUUUUGUGCAAUAACUAAUGUGUAAGCUGUUCCUGCUGUUCUGACUGUUAACGAUAUGUAUUACUGAUAUUUCUACACAGGAGUAAGUCAUUAUUUCCUCUUCGUUUCUUCGAUGAUAAAGUAGAAACAAGGAUUGCGUUUCAUUUGGCUCUCGCACUGUUAAAACCAGACUGUUUGUGAGGAACCAGGGUGACACGAACAAAAGUAUUCUGCGACACGUGUGUCAGAUGUUAGGUUUGUCCUCAGCGUGGCUCUUGUGUGGCCACAGGAUGUUAUGUACUUAGAGCUUACAAGGUCUAAAAGUGUCACUUCAGGUUCUCAGCCAGCUUUGCACUCUUAUCUUAACAAGCCAAGGAGGAGCCGAGGGAAGAGGGAGUCACUAAAGCCAUUUUGUUGUCUUUUGGUAACACUGACGAUAACGUCAAUAAAUGCUAAAUAGUGUUCACAGUUUUCAUGGCUGUCAUGUCAUUUGUGUAAAUAUCAGACACCAUGGUCUGUAAGCCAAGGUCACAGGAAAUAUGAAGCAACAGCGCCCCCAACAGGACACUGGGUAGAAAUGCACACAGUGCAGGAUUAA